AUGAACUGGACCACGCUGAAUAUCACAUUGACAUUCACGGAAUAUGCAGCUCCACGUUCAGUGAAUUACUUCUUUUUCACUUUAAUUUUUUUUGCCUACCUCCUUUCAGUUUUUGCAAACUUUUUUCUCAUGCUGGUUAUCUAUUUAGAAUCUAGCCUCCACAAGCCCAUGUACAUAUUUUUGUUCAACUUGGCAAUAAAUGGACUGAUUGGAAGUUCUGCUGUCUGGCCAAAAAUCAUGGACAAUCUUCUCUCAGAUACUCAGGAGACCUCCUUUGAGGCUUGUCUAAUUCAGGUGUUUUGGAUCAAUGUCUAUGCAACUGGUGCAUAUGCAAUUUUAACAGUGAUGGCAUAUGACAGGUAUGUCUCCAUCUGUAAGCCUUUGCAAUACCACACCAUCAUGACUCCCACUAAAGUAAAACAACUGUUGGCUGUUGUGAACUUCUGUCCUAUCUCCAUUAUAUCCAUUCAAGUAUAUCUAACCUCAAAUCUCCCACUGUGCAGGUACACGAUUCAAAGGCUGUUCUGUGACAAUCUGUCAGUUGUUAAUCUGUCCUGUGUAAAGAGUAGACUAGUUGACUUGUAUGGUUUAUGUAUAAUUGUAUGUCUAGUUUGUUUACCAUUAUUUAUAGUCGUGCUCUCUUAUGUCAGGAUACUUCUUGUGAGCUUGAAAACCUCAAAGGAAGCACAAAAGAAAGCCCUGAGUACAUGUACUCCUCACUUAAUCACUUUCAUUAAUUUCUCCCUGGCUUCUCUCUUCAAUGUCAUUUACAAUCGUGUACACUUCAACCCUCCUGCAGGGACUAAUGUGUUUUUGUCCUUACAUUUUGCCCUGAUUCCUCCUCUGCUACAUCCCAUAGUAUAUGGGAUUAGAAUUCAGGCGAUCAGGAAAAGUAUUACAAAAAUAUUGAGAAAAAACCUGAUUUUUGCUGGAUCUUUUGAGUUCUGA